AACAGGAUUUUUAACAUCAAACAUGAUUUUUUCUUUUCUUUUUUCUCACAUUUUUAGACUUGCAGUGAGUCAGUGUGGUAGCCAUGAUGUCGGAGAGCGCCCGCCUGCCUCCCCUGCUCAGUCCUGCAUGGAACCCACCCAACAUCACCAGCAGCAGUGUGGGUGCGGGCCGUCGUGGGGCGGGUAAGCGGGCGCGAGAAGCCGGGAUUCACAAUGGUCAUCAUGCCCAGCCUCGGCCCAACUGUCAGCCUUCCCAGCAAGACUCCACGGCACACGUCCAGGACAGUACCCGGUGCCCGUCACCCCCUCACCCCCUGCACCAAGCCUCAGAUCAUCAGUCAUCGCCACAACCAUCACAGACACAAUCUCCACUCAGGGACAUGCCUAAAACACCAGUAACCACCUCGAAGAGCUUGAGUGGAACCCUUCCAACUUCUCCAAGUUCAACCAGCGCAAGCGGAACCUUUACCUCCCCUACCAGCCAGUCCAAAGGUCGGGAUCGUUGGGGAGGGUGGCUAGGAGGUUCCCUCAGCUCCCAGCGAGGACGCACUGAAGCCACCCGGCACCGUGCAAACUCCAGCCCCCUUCAGAGCUCUGAACCAAGAGCUUUCGACAUGACGAAGUUAUACCCAGAACUGUCAGCCAAGUUGGGGCUCACCAAACCAAACUGCAGUGACAGCACGAACAGCCACAAAAAUGGUAUUACGCAAAGAGAACACUUUACCUCAGGCCCUUUAAGCAAGUCAGAGAGUGCGAUGGAUGACUCAAGAAUUAAGGUGGUUUCCUCUGGCCAGAUAAUUAAUAAUACAAAAGGCCUUCUCGCUGCCAGACUCAGUAAUGGAGUGCAAAGUAGCAAAUCAAAUAGUGUUAAGUCGUCAAAGCCAAAGCCAAAGUGCGGGGAAAGAGGACAGAAAAGAGAAGGUCAUGGCAGGUCAGCCGGACGGACAGAAGUGAUGGCCUCUCCCCAGAUGCUGUCUAACCUUGGACCUGCUGGAAAUUCUAUAAAGGGACCAAAUUCUUUUGCCUACAAUAACAAAAUCUCUGGUGGCAGCAGUAGUCGAAGUAACAGUAGCAGCAGCAGUAGAAGUGGAAGCAGCAACAGGAACAUAGCUGGCAAAAAUAGCAGUAUAUUGGAGGAGCAACUGAGGGGAGGAGGAGGAGCAGGAUCAAAGCAGUUGGGAAGCACAGCAUCCUCGCAUGGGAUCCUGCCCCAUCAGAAGUCAUCACCGGCCAGCAUAGCCAGGCCUGGCAGUUUGGCUCGCCCUUUCUCCAUAUCAUCCACGGCUUCCCCUAGCAGGAGUCUAGUCACCAGCCCCGCCACGUACCCCCCCUCCGUGGCAGCACACCAGCCCCGCGUGGUCACCCUGCCCCCUCGGAGACCACCGCAACCCACCAUCACGCGAGCUGCAUCAGCCACUCUCCCCGAGCCUCUCUUACGGGUCCAUUCACUACGGGAAAAAUACUACGCUUAUAAUUCUGAUCUCUUUCCUUUAGGUGUUGAGACGAGCGAGGAGAGUGACAGCAGUGACACAGAUGACAUGUGUGGGAGUCAGCAGGGCUGGGUCGACCCCACAGAUAGUUUGUGUCUAGCAAGAAGAGGCUGGGACUCUCUUGGAGGAGACUCCAGUAGCAGACAACAGCAAUGGCUUGACCCCUCAGGCACCACGCCAGCGUGGUCUUCUAAAAGUACAAGUUGUCAGCGGUCCAACACCAUCGCUGCUGCCCUGGCAUCAUAUAGACGGCAGGUUGUAGCAUCUCGAUUACGUUCCAACCAGAGAGCGUGGGAGGCUCUGAAACAGUGCCCGCUUACAAAGUCUCUUGUAGAGGCUGCGCGGACUCACCCCCGCUUAGCUGCAAAUGCUUGCUGUCUAUUUAGGAAUUCACAGAAUGAACAUGAAUCUCCUAAAAUGAAAUCUAGAUUUAAGUCAUCUGUGUUGAUUCGUCGUGAUUGCGCCUACGAUGAUGGGGGAGGAAGUGGGCCAUGUGGUGAUGCUUCCUUGCCUGGGACAAGACAUUGUAUACGGCACAUUAUGUACAAUGUGGACCAGCAGUUGUUCACCCACUGUACUGCUCGGCACUCGGAUAACACACCUUGUCGUAUCCCGGUGUUCGACGUGUGUCAUGAGCUUCCACUCUGUCCCCAGCAUAGCGUGAGGGAAAGUUGUAAGAAAAGCAGUGUAGAAGAGACUCCCAAACCUAAGAGAUCUCGCAAAAAAAAUAAGAUGCCAAUAUUAUCAAGAUAUGGGAAACGCAGCAAAAAGCGACGGCGGUCCUCUAACUCCACUAGCUCGGUGAUCCCUUCAACAAGCGUCAGACCUCCCAUGGCAAGCCAGUCAUCCCUUUCAUCACCGCAGCCAUCACCCACAACCCCACAGACCUCACCCCACUUCUCUGCUGCCUCUUGUACAGAUUCUGUAGCUGAAGCAGAAGCAAGUGACCUGGAGGACGACAUGGAAGGGAUGGUGGAGGGGCUGGAUGCUGCUUCUCGUCUUCUUGAUCCUCAUGAUCUCCAGGAUGUAUUGAACCGCAUCCCAGAUCAUGAACUCACUCAGCUCUUUGAUGCACCAGAAAGUAAAACCGGAGAAUUUGUGGUUGCAAGUGAAGAGAAAGUUGAGCUGGAGACAGAUCACGGUGAGGAUGAUGAGGUUACUGCAGACUCACCACCUCCCAGCAGCAGCCCAGCUGCAGCCACACCAGCUGCAGCAUCUGCCACCACCACCUCGCCCACACCGCCACUAGUAGAGGAAGGCACAACGCUUAGCCUCGAUGAAUCCACCCUGAAUGACCUAGUAGCAGGAAACAUCCCCAUAGAUUCAAUCAUCUCAUCCUCAUUCAACCAACAAGAACUUAACACCAUCUCUCAGGCACUAUCAAACAUUGUGCAGGAAAACAAUAUUAACCUUGGGGUAUUUGACCUCAACGCAGGCAACUCCUUUUCCGCCUCAGAGACAGGAGGCUCCGGGCCGGUGGGGGAUGUCAGUGACAGUUCUCUGAUGUCCCAGGCGAGUGAUGCUACAAAUCAUACAGAUUUUUGUGAAGCAGGACCGCCAUUACCCGAGUGUAAAAUAAAUAUAUUGAACCAGCGACCUGGGAUCAUCACAGACACUGCCACACUUUCACCACUAAAAUAAGACCUUUUUAAAAAGUUUUGAGUUAUUUGCAGAUUCAUCUGCUUUUGCUGCCCAAAAAUAUAUUUGAAAAAAGAAAUACUGUACUAGUUGAGAGUUUUGCUAUGGCAAGCAUCGGUACAAUAUCGAGAGGAGGACUGGUUAAAAGGUACAAUGUGAUUAACAUGAAUUAUUACUGUGCAGUUGUGUGUUUACUUGUCAACAGUGUAACAGUGAUGUUAAUAAACUGUACAUAAUUGG